ACACCACCACUUUUAUACUUCUUUCUCCCUCCAUUACUUCCCUCUAGUCUCGUUCUAAGUAUACUUUGUGGUUGCGGCUAAGUCCGAUCUUCCACAUCAGAAAGAAUUAUUAGGGUUUUUAUUUUGCUUUAAAUCUUAUGCUCUAAAGUGUCGUAGAUACUCUCUCCAGCUUUUCGGCAAAAAAUGGACGAAGAGGCUUUGAGAGUACGAAUUUUUUCCCCCACCUUUGUUGAUGUUUUUUUAAAUGGGUUUGAAAUAUUCUAAUUUCAUUUCAUAUUUGUUUAUAGAUGGGUGCUGAGAUAUACGACCCUCGUUUGUAUAUUGAUCCUAGCCCAAGGGAUCGCAAAUGUUAAAACGAGCAAGAACAACAUCGCUCCCGUGCAAUUUGGGACAAUAAUUCGGUAGACACUCUAUCUAUACCGUAUAAAUUUUUAAAUUAUUUCAAUAGGUUAAAAGUUUUUUUUUUCUUUUCUAACAACAUUGUAUUUUUUGUCUUGUUUUUUGUUUUGUAGGAAUCACUUAUUCCCAUAAGUCAUCGAGGGACAUGUCGAUUGCCUAAUUGGCAUCCUCGUCUCGAGCCCUAUCUAGAGAGGACGAGAUUGCACAUGCUGAGGCAUUUCAUGCGGCUUGAUAUCGACAACGAUAUGCUUACGACAAUGGCAGAGCGAUGGCGCCCCGAAGUGCAUACCUUCCACUUUCCCGAGGGGGGAAUGACGAUCACCCUCAGAGAUGUUGCCCUACUCACCGGGCUGCCGGUCACUAGAGAGGCCAUCAUCGACAACUCAAGUAAACCCGAAGGUGGUUGGGGGCCGUUGAUUCUCGGGCGUUUGAGGUUCAACAUGCCGACCACAACGCCCGUUCAAGGGGUUGGGCAUCCACCGCUCAAUGCGGGGCAAGUUUCAAUCUCGUGGGUUGUUGAACACAUCCAACAGGAGGUGAAUUUAGGGCCAGACACCCCCGAAGAUCAGGUGGAGCGAUAUGCACGCGUCUACCUCAUUGGAUUGGUUGGUGGAUUUCUGUUCCCCGACAAGGCAAACCGGUGGAUUCAAGGCAUGUGGUUGACGUUUCUUCUCGGUGAUUGGGACGAGAUCAGGGGAAAGAGUUGGGGGUCGGUCGUAUUAGCUGGGAUCUACCGAGAGCUGUGCACUUGCUCGAGGUUGGGAGCGAAACAAGUUGGAGGUGCGAUGUUCAUACUCCAACUCUGGGCAUGGGAGCAUCUUCCAAUGUUCGCUCCCCGAGGCCCGCGGAAAUUUUGGGGUCCAGAUGAGGAGCUACGCUUUCUAGCAAAUCCCCCCUAUGGUGUCAAGUAAGAUUAAUUUACAUGCUAAUUUUAUUCCAAGUAUGCAAUUUUAGUAUUUUAGUGAAUUUAGAGAAUUUAGUUAUUUUAGUGAAUUUAGAUACAAUCCAAGUAUGCAAUUUUAGUAUUUUAGUGAAUUUAGUGAAUUUAUCUAAUUUAGUGAAUUCUCGCAUGCAUGGCUGGCACGUUGUGAUUGAUCCAUCUCAUUGUGAAUCCUUUCGUUUCUAGGACGACCCUUGGUGCGCUUUAAGUGCAACGGUGGGAUUAUCAACUUCCCAUUGUCUACAUGCCAAUAAGCUUCAUCUGGAGGG